AUGCCACCGAAGCGGAACUCGCGUUCCGGAAACGCCGCCUCGAGCCGGAUUUGCGGCGAUUCGGCGUUACCCCACAUAGGCAUGUUCACGACCAAGAGGAUGACUGAACUCUUGAUAUGCGAAUACAGCACCGUCGAGCAUCUUCGAAGGCGCCUCGACGGUCGACGGUUAAAGACGAGGCGAAAAUCCGAUAAAUUUAUUGUCCGUGGUACCACCUAUAUCGAACUUGUUAUCAUCAUGAUCCCAGCUUUCAGGAUUCUCUACCCAUCAUCACUGCAAGUGCAGCAUUUUCAAAGCGCGUUUCAGGCAGGAGGGGUCAUGCCAAUGAUCUUGACAGCAUCAAAGCGUACCUGUGCCACUGUCCUACCGGCGUUUCUCGAGUUCGAGCAGGACAUAGGCUACACCCUCCAUAUCAGUCUGAAUCGGACGCGGUAG